AUGGGCGCUCGGCCCGCCCGCCGGGCCCCGCCGCCACUGCCGCUCCUGCUGCUGCUGCUGCUGCCCCCGGGACCUGCCACCGGAACCGACACCGGUACCGACACAGACACAGCCACCGGCACGGCUAUCGGCACCCGCACCGGCAUCGGCCGCGGUACCGGCACCUCCAUCGGUUCCGCCGCAGCCACCGGCACCGGCACCGGCACAGCUAUUGACACCUCCACAGCUACAGCCGCCGGAACCGGCACCGGCAUCGGCGCAACCACCGGCAUCGGCACCGCUACCGGCCUCGGUAUCGGCCCUUCCACCUUUACCAACAUCGGCACCGGGCCCGGCAAUGGCCCCGCCACCUCCACUGCCAUCGGCACCGGCGCCGGUAUCGGCUCCGCCACCUUCACCGGCACCGGCCCUGACCAAGGCACUGCCAGCGGCAUCGGCAUCGGUACCAGCCCCGGCAUCGGCACCGGUACCUGCCCGCCCGGCUCCGUCCCAACGCCGCUCCAUCCCCGCGGCGGCACCGGGGACAGCGGCAGCUCCAGCGGCACCGGGGACAGCGGCGGCUGCGGGAGCGAUCCCGGGGACAGCGCGGGGGAGAAAGACCACGGGGACACCGGGGACACUGGAGGCACUGCAAGCACUGGAAACGCUGGGGACACUGGACAUACUGGGAAUACUGGAUGUACUGGCGACACUGGAGGCACUGCAAGCACUGGAGGCGCUGGGGACACUGGAUGUGGCGGGGAUACUGGAGAGACUGGGAGCGUUCCAGUCCCUGAUGACACCAGGAGUGGCAGGGAUACUGGGGACACUGGGGACAGCGGUGUCCUUAUGGGCACCGGGGACGGGAUGAGCACUGGGGACGUUGGGGACUUUGGCCACACGGACACCAGGGAUACUGAAGACACUGGAGAGACUGGGAGAGUCCCCAGGGACACUGGAUCUACUGGGAAGACUGGAAAAGUGCCCGGAGACACCAGGAGAGACAGAGAUACUGGAUGUACUGGGGACACCGGGAGCGUCCCCAGGGACAGCAGGAAAGUCCCCAGGGACACUGGGGAGACUGGGAAAGUCCCUGGGGACUUCAGGGAUACUGGGUACACUGGACAAAGUGGGAGAGUCCCCAGGGACACCGGUAGCACUGAGGAGAUGGUGGUCCCUGGGGCCAUCAUGCCCCCCCUCAGGGCCAGCAGUAGCCCGGUGGCUGGCAGCCGUCCCCGCCGCAGCCCCAACGCGGCGCCGCAGUUCCAGCCCUCCAGCUACCAGGCCUCGGUGCCCGAAAACCGCCCGGCGGGGACCCCGGUGACACAGGUGACAGCGGUCGACCCCGACGAGGGGGAGGCGGGGAGGCUGCGCUACGCCAUGGCCGCCCUCUUCGACAGCCGCUCCGACGCCCUCUUCUCCAUGGACCCCCUGAGCGGCUCCGUGGCCACCGCCGCCCCCCUGGACCGGGAGAGCAAGAGCACCCACGUCUUCAGGGUGACGGCGGUGGAUCACGGCACCCCCCGGCGCAGCGCCAUGGCCACCUUGACGGUGACGGUGAGCGACGCCAACGACCACGACCCGGCCUUCGAGCAGCCCGAGUACCGGGAGAGCGUGCGGGAGAACCUGGAGGUGGGCUACGAGGUGCUGACGGUGAGGGCCACCGACAGCGACGCGGGCCCCAACGCCAACGUCCUCUACCGCCUCCUCAAUGCCGGCGGCGCCAACGAGGUCUUCGAGAUCGACCCCCGCUCGGGCGUCAUCCGCACCCGCGGCCCCGUGGACCGCGAGGAGGUGGAGGCCUUCGAGCUCUUGGUGGAGGCCGUGGACCAAGGGCAGGAGCCGGGGCCCCGCAGCUCCACUGCCACCGUCCGCAUCGCCGUGGAGGACGACAACGACAACGCGCCGCAGUUCAGUGAGAAGCGCUAUGUGGCCCAGGUCCCCGAGGAUGUGGCGCCCAACACGGCCGUGCUGCGGGUGACGGCCACCGACCGCGACAAGGGCAGCAACGCCCUGGUGCACUACAGCAUCGUCAGCGGCAACACCCGUGGGCAUUUCUACAUCGAUGCCCAGACGGGAGCCCUGGACGUGGUCACCCCCUUGGACUACGAGGUCAGCAAGGAGUUCACCCUGCGGAUCCGGGCGCAGGACGGCGGCCGCCCCCCCCUCUCCAACAUCAGCGGCUUGGUCACCAUCCAAGUGUUGGAUGUCAACGAUAACGCUCCCAUCUUUGUCAGCACCCCCUUCCAGGCCACCGUGCUGGAGAACGUGCCGGUGGGCUACUCCGUCAUCCACGUUCAAGCCAUCGAUGCUGAUUCGGGUGACAACAGCCGCUUGGUCUACACCCUGCUGGAGACCAGUGUGGGCUUCCCCUUCACCAUCAACAACAGCACCGGGUGGAUCGUGGUGGCCUCCGAGCUGGACCGGGAGGCAGUGGACUUCUACAGCUUUGGGGUAGAAGCUCAGGACCAGGGGAACCCCCCCAUGGUGUCCUCGGCCAGCGUCAGUGUCACCAUCCUGGACGUCAACGACAACAGCCCCGAGUUCACCCAACGGGAGUACAGUGCCCGCCUGAACGAGGACGCGGCGGUGGGCACCAGCGUCCUCACCGUAUCCGCCGUUGACCGCGAUGCCAACAGCGUCAUCACCUACCAGAUCUCCAGCGGCAACACCCGCAACCGCUUCUCCAUCACCAGCCAGAGCGGGGGGGGCCUCAUCUCCCUCGCCCUGCCCCUGGACUACAAACUGGAGCGCCAGUACCUCCUCACCAUCGCCGCUUCUGAUGGCACCCGCCAGGACACCGCACAGGUCAUCGUCAACGUCACCGAUGCCAACACCCACCGGCCCGUCUUCCAGAGCUCCCACUACACCGUCAACAUCAACGAGGACCGUCCGGUGGGCACCACGGUGGUGGUCAUCAGCGCCACGGAUGAGGACACGGGGGAGAACGCCCGCAUCACCUACCUGAUGGAGGACAGCAUCCCGCAGUUCUGCAUUGCCGCUGAGACCGGCGCCGUCACCACCCAGAUGGAGCUGGACUACGAGGACCAGGUGUCCUACACCCUGGCCAUCACGGCGCGGGACAACGGCAUCCCGCAGAAGUCCGACACCACCUACCUGGAGAUCCUGGUCAGCGACGUCAACGACAACGCCCCCCAGUUUCUCCGCGACUCAUACCAGGGCUCUGUCUACGAGGACGUCCCCGCCUUCACCAGCGUCCUCCAGGUCUCCGCCACUGACCGCGACUCGGGACUCAACGGCAGAGUCUUCUACACUUUCCAAGGGGGCGACGACGGCGACGGGGACUUCAUCAUCGAGUCCACCUCGGGCAUCGUCCGCACUCUGCGCCGCCUCGACCGGGAGAACGUGCCCCUCUACACCCUGAGGGCCUUCGCUGUCGACAAGGGGGUCCCGGCCAAGCGGACGCCGGUGGAGAUCCAAGUGACGGUGUUGGACGUCAACGACAACCCGCCCGUCUUUGAGCGGGACGAGUUUGACAUCUUCAUAGAGGAGAACAGCCCCAUCGGGCUGGUGGUCGCCCGCAUCACGGCCACCGACCCCGACGAGGGCACCAAUGCCCAAAUCAUGUACCAGAUCGUGGAAGGAAACAUCCCUGAGGUUUUCCAGCUGGAUAUCUUCUCCGGGGAACUCACCGCUUUGGCCGACCUGGACUACGAGUCCAAGGCCGAGUACGUCAUGGUGGUCCAGGCCACCUCAGCCCCCCUGGUCAGCCGGGCCACCGUCCACGUCCGCCUCCGUGAUGCCAACGACAACCCCCCCCAGCUCAAGAACUUUGAGAUCCUCUUCAACAACUACAUCACCAACCGCUCGGGGAGCUUCCCCGGGGGGGUGAUCGGCCGCGUCCCGGCACACGACCCCGACGUCUCCGACAGCCUCACCUACACCUUUGAGCAGGGGAACGAGCUCAACCUGGUGCUGCUGGACCCCAAAAGCGGGGACCUGCGCCUCAGCCCCGCCCUGGACAACAACCGCCCCUUGGAGGCCGUCAUGAGGGUCUCUGUCUCCGACGGGGUGCACAGCGCGACGGCCCAGUGCACGCUGCGUGUGACGGUGAUCACGGACGAGAUGCUGAGCAGCAGCAUCACCCUGCGCCUGGCCAACAUGUCCCAGGAGCGCUUCCUCUCCCCCUUGCUCAGCCUCUUCCUGGAGGGGGUGGCCACCGUCCUGGCCACCCCUCGCCACCGCGUCGUCCUCUUCAACAUCCAGACGGACACGGACGUGGGGACAGACGCCCGAAUCCUCAACGUCAGCCUCUCGGUGCUGCUGCCACCGGCGGCCGGGGCGCGGGGCGGUGGCGGUGGUGGCGGUGGUGGCAGUGGUGGUGUCCCCAGGUUCUUCUCCUCCGAGGAGCUUCAGGAGAGGCUGUACCUGAACCGCUCUCUGCUGGCUGCCAUCUCUGCCCAACGCGUCCUCCCGUUCGAUGACAACGUCUGCCUGCGGGAGCCCUGUGAGAACUACAUGCGCUGCGUCUCCGUCCUGCAGUUCGACAGCUCCGCUCCCUUCCUGGCCUCAGACACCAUCCUCUUCCGACCCAUCCGCCCCGUCCCCGGCCUGCGCUGCCGCUGCCCCCCCGGUUUCACCGGGGAUUACUGCGAGACCGAGAUCGACCUCUGCUACUCCAGCCCCUGCGGGGACAACGGGCGCUGCCGGAGCCGGGAGGGGGGUUACACCUGCGAGUGCCACCAGGAUUUCACCGGGGAACGCUGCGAGCUGAGCGCCCGGGGGGGGCGAUGCGCCCCGGGGGUCUGCAGGAACGGGGGCACCUGCCUGAACCUCCUGGUGGGGGGGUUCCGCUGCCAGUGCCCCCCCGGGCACUACGAGAAACCCUUCUGCACCAUGAGCACCCGCAGCUUCCCCCCCAACUCCUUCCUCACCUUCCGUGGCCUCCGCCAGCGCUUCCACUUCACCCUCGCCCUGACGUUUGCCACCCGGGAGCGGGACGGGCUCCUGCUCUACAACGGGCGCUUCAACGAGCGACACGACUUCGUGGCACUGGAGAUCGUCAGUGAGCAGCUGCAGCUCAGCUUCUCUGCAGGUGAGACCACCACCACGGUGUCCCCCUUCGUACCGGGGGGGGUCAGUGAUGGGCAGUGGCACCGGGUCCAGCUCCACUACUACAACAAGCCCGUGCUGGGCCGCUCGGGGCUGCCCCAGGGCCCCUCGGAGCAGAAGGUGGCAGUGGUGACAGUGGAUGACUGUGACACCGGGAUGGCCCUGCGCUUCGGCCACCUCCUGGGAAACUACUCCUGUGCUGCCCAGGGCACCCAGAGCGGCAGCAAGAAGUCUCUGGACCUGACGGGGCCGCUGCUGCUGGGGGGGGUGCCCACCCUGCCCGAGAGCUUCCCCAUCCGCAGCCGCCACUUCGUGGGGUGCAUGCGGCACCUCCACAUCGAUCAGCGCCCCGUGGACAUGGCCGCGUUCAUCGCCAAUAACGGGACCCAGCCCGGCUGCCCCGCCAAGAAGCCGCUGUGCGACCCCAGCCCCUGCCAGCACGGGGGGAGCUGUCAGCAGCACUGGGACAGCUUCACCUGCAUCUGCCCCCCGGGAUUCGGGGGCAAGACCUGCCAGGAAGAAGUGGGGGGUCCGCAGCGGUUCCUGGGCAGCAGCCGUCUGUCCUGGGGGGGUCUGGCGCUGCCCCUCUCCCUGCCCUGGCACUUGGGGUUCAUGCUCCGCACCCGACACCCCCGCGGGACACUCGUGCGGGCCAGCGCUGGCCCAGGGGCAACCAUCAGCAUCCAGCUGAGCGAGGGGCAGGUGGAGGCGGGGGUCUGGGGGGGGGGCUCCCGCCUGGCCUGGCUGCGCCUGCCCCACGCCAGGGUGACCGAUGGCACCUGGCACCACCUGGCCCUGGAGCUGCGGGGGGCACCGGGACGACCUCCCCCCGCCACCCUCCUCAUCCUCAUCCUCGACUACGGCCGCCACCAGGCGGUGGCCGAUGUGGCCGGGGAGCUGCAGGGGCUGCGGCUGCGGAGCCUGAGCCUGGGGGGAGGGGACGGGGACGGGGACAUCGUGGAGGAGGGGUUCCGAGGGUGCCUGCAGGGCGUGCGCGUGGGUGAGACGUCCAGCAACGCGGUGUCCCUGAGUGUGGCAGCGGCAACACGAGUGGCCGUGGAGGGGGGCUGUGACCUGCCCGACCCCUGUGCCGGGGGACCCUGUCCCCCCCACAGCGCCUGCAGUGACAACUGGGACAGCUUCUCCUGCCACUGCCACCCGGGCUACUUUGGUGACAACUGUGUCAGCGCUUGUGCCCUCAACCCCUGCCAGCCCCCGGCCACUUGCACGCGCCAGCCGGGCACGGCCCACGGCUACACUUGUCACUGUCCCCAGGGACACUUUGGGCCCUACUGUGAGCACAAGGAGUCCCCACCGUGUCCCCGGGGGUGGUGGGGCCACCCCACCUGCGGGCCCUGCAGCUGCGAUGUCACCAAAGGCUUCGACCCCGACUGCAACAAGACGACGGGCGAGUGUCACUGCAAGGAGAACCACUACCGUCCUGCGGGCAGCGGGUCCUGCCUGCCCUGUGAGUGCUACCCCACCGGGUCCCUGUCCCGACGCUGUCACCGUGCCAGCGGGCAGUGUCCCUGCAAGGCCGGGGUCAUCGGCCGCCACUGUGACCGCUGUGACAAUCCCUUCGCCGAGGUGACAGCCAGCGGCUGCGAAGUCAACUAUGACAGCUGUCCCCGUGCCAUCGAGGCCAGCAUCUGGUGGCCCCGGACCCGCUUCGGGCUGCCAGCCGCUGCCCCCUGCCCCAAGGGCUCUGUUGGGACAGCCCUGCGGCACUGUGACGAGCACAAGGGGUGGCUGCCCCCAAACCUCUUCAACUGCAGCUCCCUCGCCUUCAGCAACCUCCGUGCCUGGGCGGAGCGGCUGUCACGGGAGGAGUGGCGGCUGGAGCCCGCACAGUCGCGGUUGGUGGCCCGGCAGCUGCGCGAGGCCACGGGGGUGGCGGGGCCGCUGUGGGGCAGUGACCUGAGGCUGGCGUACGGGCUGGCCACCGGGCUACUGCGGCACGAGAGUCGCCAGCGGGGCUUCCGUCUGGCGGCCACCCAGGAUGUGCACUUCACAGAGAACCUGCUGCGGGUGGGCAGCGCCCUGCUGGAGCCCAGCACCAAGCGGCACUGGGAGCUGAUCCAGCAGACAGAGGGGGGCACGGCCUGGCUGCUCCAGCACUUCCAGGACUACGCCAGAGCCCUGGCCCAGAACAUGCCCCAAACUUACCUGAGCCCCUUCACCAUCGUCACCCCCAACAUCGUGGUGUCUGUGGUACGUCUGGCCAGGGGCAGCGUGGCGGGCACCCGGCUGCCACGGUACGAGGCACUGCGGGGGGAGCAGCCCCCAGACCUGGAGACCACCGUCAUCCUCCCCGACAGCGUCUUCUGGGCCCCCCAGGGCGGGCUCUCCCCCGCCGGGCAGGAGGAGGAGGAGGAGGAGGCUGAAGAGGCUUCAGAGGAGGAGGAAGGUGGGGAGGGGGAGGUGACCCUGGUGACACGGCGCAAGCGACACCCGUCCCUGGGUGAGGGCCAGGCCAUCGCCAGCGUCAUCAUCUACCGCACCCUGGCUGGGCUCCUGCCACCGCGCUACGACAGUGACAAGCGGAGCCUCAGGGUCCCCAAGCGCCCGGUCAUCAACACGCCGGUGGUCAGCAUCAGCGUGCAGGCGGGGGGGGCGGGGGGCUCAGGGGGGCCGCGGGUCCUGGCCCAGCCCCUCACCCUCCAGUUCCGGCUGCUGGAGACCCGGGAGAGGAGCAAACCCGUCUGCGUGUUCUGGAACCACUCCCUGCGGGCGGGGGUCGCGGGAGGCUGGUCUGCCCGGGGCUGUCACCUCGUGUUCCGCAACCGGACCCACGUCAGCUGCCAGUGCCACCACCUCACCAGCUUCGCCGUCCUCAUGGACAUCUCCCGCCGUGAGAGCGGGGCUGUCCUGCCGCUGGCUGCCCUGACCCAGGCCUCGCUGGGGGUGGGUCUGGCGGGUUUGGCUUUGGCCGUGCUGGCCCUGGGGGUGCCGCGGGGACCCCGCUCCAAUCGCCACAGCAUCCGCCGGCACGGAGCCACCGCGCUGCUGCUGGCCCAGCUCGUGUUCCUGCUGGGAAUCAACCAGGCUGAGCUGCCGCUGGCCUGCACGGUGGUGGCCAUCCUGCUGCAGUUCCUCUACAUGAGCGCGGUGGGCUGGGCCCUGCUGGAGGGGCUGCAUCUCUACCGGCGCCGCAGCGAACCCCGGCACGUGGACCGCGGGCCCAUGCGGUUCUACCACGUGUUGGGCUGGGGGCUGCCCGCGGUCAUCACGGGGCUGGCGGUGGGGUUGGACCCCCAGGGCUACGGGAACCCCGAUUUCUGCUGGCUCUCCAUCCACGACAGCCUGGUCUGGAGCCUGGCCGGACCCAUCGCCUGCGCCGUGGCCGUCUGCAUCUGCUUCCUCGUGCUGGCGGCCAGGGCCACCUGUGUGACCCCCCCGGGCUGCGAGAGGAAGGGCAGGGCACGGGGGGUGCAGACAGCGGGGGUCCUGCUGGCCCUGCCCAGCCUCGCCUGGCUCCUGGCCCUGCUCUCCGUUAACAGCGAUGCCCUCCUCCUGCACUACCUCUUCGCCAUCAGCAACUGCCUGCAGGGCCCCCUCAUCUUCCUCUUCUGCGUGGUGCUGAGCAAGGAGGUGCGGAGGAGCCUGCGGCUGAGCUGCACCCAGUGCCACCGCCCCGACCCCGCCAUGGCCACCAAGGCCACCCUGACUCCUGCCUAUGGCUGUGACAGCACCUACGUGGCGGGGCGGUUGUCCCCGUGUCCCGGGGGUGGCUCCAGCGGGUCCCUGCACAGCACCGCGCGCUCGGGCAAGAGCCACCACAGCUACAUCCCCUUCGUGAGGAGGGAGGACUCGGGGCUGGCGGGCAGCCCGGGGCCACUGCCCGAGCCCGGGGGGCUCUUCCUGGACACCCCGGAGCAGCCCGAGGACCCGGACACGGACUCGGACAGUGACAUCUCCCUGGAGGAGGAGGGCAGCGGCUCCUGCGGCUCCUCCCGCUCCUCCGACAGCGAGGACGAGGGGGCCCCCCCCGGCUGGGACCCCCUGCCCGGGCCCCCCCCUGCCCCCGGGCCUGGUGACACUUUGGUGGCCCCGGGGCGACCGUACUGGCCCGGCGAGUUCAUGACAACGACGGCGAGUGAGAGCGAGGGGCAGGGGGGCAGCGAACCCCUGCGGGUAGAACCGGCGGGGGGGGGGCAGGGACACCCCCCCAGGCCUGACCCCGGCACCCUCCGGGCUGACCCCCCCCACCUGAAUGGUCAAGCGCUGCCCAGGGACCCCCCCCUGCUGCCCCUGCCCCACCCCCACAAAGGCAUCCUGAAGAAGAAGGGGCUGCCCCCCAUCAGCGAGCGGGGCAGUGCCCCUCGCCCCCCCGCCGCCCCCCCGGGUUCCUCGGGCAGUGAAGGCAGCAGGGGGGGGGUCCCGGCCGCCCCCCGCCCCCGGCAGAGCCUCCAGGAGCAGCUGCGGGGCCGCGCACCGAUUGCCAUGAGCGUGCGGGCGGGCACGGCCGAUGGGGACUCCUCAGGCUCCGAAUUUCUUUUUUUUAAUUUUCUCCAUUAA